AUGGGUUGUUUGUUGGACGUGGGCACGUCAGACCAGCGAUCCGUGAGUCCGCAGUCCGUGGCUGAGAUGGAGCCCAGUCGACCUGUCGCCAAUGCUGGUACUGAGCACCCCGAGCCUGAUACACGGCGAAACCUCGCCGAGGACGAGGUCGACGAUUCGCGGUGGGAGAGCACCGAGUAUGUAGCAGCUCGCCGGCGGGCUGCAGUCGAUCGGCGGUGGGAAUGGAAGAGUUGGCAGCGGAGCGAGCUGGGGACGAGUCGCAGCGAGGGCCGAAGCAGGUUGACAGCGCGCCGAAUCAGGCAGAUGACAGCACUCAGUCAGUCCCAAACCGUGGGGCGGUCGAUGUGGCGUCGGGCGUCGUUGGUGGUGGAGGAAGAGGGGAUAGUGUGCGGUGGAGAGAGAAGGGAGAAACGAAAACAAGAGGCGUCUCGUUCAGCUCAUCAGACAAACACAGCGACAGCGCCAGUCUGCUGCGAGAUGAUUAUUAGACUACCGGCCGGCCGCUGGCUUCUCACUGACUGCAAGCCCGUCACUCAGUCAUUGCGUGGUUCCUGCAGUCCGAGGAAGAGACACGCUGCGUCAUGCUUCUGCGCCAGUAGGAAAGCAGCGCAAAUGGCUGCCAGCCAAGCUCUUCCGGCCCACCCGCCUGAGGAUCUCCAGGCACUGCGGCCUGCCCAGACUUGGGGGAGAUGCGCCAGACUCACGGCAGCGUGGGCUGUCGUGUGCUCUGCUGAGGGAGGGAGCGGCGGUGGUGGUGCUGUGGUUGCCGGCGACGAAGCCUGCCGACUCCGCAACCCAUGCCAUGCUCAGCGAUGCCAUCCCGCCCGAGACGCACUCGCCGCUCGUGUCAGGCAGUCUGACGACGAGGUGUCAAAUACUGCCCGCCAGCCCUUUGCACUGCCUGCCGACGAUCCGACUCGACUAAUAGACCGCCCUGUCCGUCUGCUUGCCGUGAUGCGCGACCAGGAUUGUCACCAGAUGCGCCGCUUGGCAGACCAUCCGCGCCCGUCACGCGAUACGAUACUCUACGCAGUCUGUACAGCACGAGAGCGCAUCUCGAGGAUGCCGCGGGCACUGCCAUACUGCCACGGCUGCCGAGAGGAAUGA